UCUCAAGUUGUCAUUUUCAAUUUCAUAUCUGUCAAAUUGCUAAUAUGGCUGAGGCAGCAUCAGCACGUCGAGAAGCACGAAGAAGAAAAAUACUGGAGAAUUCUCAUAAUAGACUACAAAUAAUUUCUGGGAAAAGUGCUAACGAAAUAUGUAAAGAGUCUUCCAAUAUCACUCCAAUACCUACCGAAUUUGUUGACAAUUCCGUUCCAAAAGAGAGUAGCAGUGUCAUCGAACAUUUUCUGAACAAUGGUGUGAUAAAUGCUGGUGUAGAUUCUCCACAGAGUUUCUUGUCAACAAACCAUGAAAGUAUCGCUUUAGGUGACGGAGAUGUCACAAUAUCGAGUCAUAACGAUGAACCUUUUAUUUCUCAAAAUUCUACGGCGCCCACACCUGAAUCAAAGCUGACUGGACCUACACAUUGGGAAAUGUUGACUAUUUAUAGUAGUUGCAAGUACGACAUAGUGUUGUUGUCAUGUUUUCUCCAACUGCUCUAUUAUUUUUCCCUAAUAACCUUUCAGGGAGCCUACUUUUUUCUACCCCUUAUCUUGUAUGUCACAACAAAAAAUUACCUGUUCCCAAAGCAGCACAAUUCGAAUAUUACUAAUGUUCUUUUAUUAUUAAAUGGAAUGUCCCCUAGUAAGGCACAGAAAAUUAUGUCCAUUACACAAUAUGUUAGUGAUUUAUUCCAAGAUGUGUGCAUCUAUCUCUUUACAACCAUUUGUUUACAAUCUCUAUUGCUAACUAUAGAAGACAGUGUUUAGUAGUUUAUGAAAUUAUUAAAGGGCAUUUCAAUGACUGAGCAGUUUCUAAUUUAGCAUGCUAGGGUUAUUGGGAAUGUAUGUUUUGAUUGCUUGUGCCUUUAAUACAUAAGUGAGAUGUGACAAGUGUGAGUUUUAGUCACAUAUUGCCAUUCUAGUUUUAAAUUUGUAUGUUUUGUACAUAGUGAAAUAGAUAAUUUUGUAAAAAAUUCUAUUUAAAGUUUACUCUGUCAGCCAGCUAAAUGUUAUCUAUAUUAUUCUUUUUAGUAAUGAUGAUAAGUGCUGUGAUCUAAUGUUUUCCAUUAGCAUACAUAAGUGACUAAUUUUCCGUUCUGCAUUUAUCAAAAUCUUUUUUCACAAUUUAUUAAAAACAUAUUUUUAUCCUAA